ACUUAUUCCGGGGGCACCAUGGCCAGCGUCCACGAGAGCCUUUACUUCAACCCCAUGAUGACCAAUGGGGUGGUGCACGCCAACAUGUUCGGUAUCAAGGACUGGGUGACGCCCUAUAAAAUCGCGGUGCUGGUGCUGCUGAACGAGAUGGGCCGCACUGGCGAGGGCGCCGUUAGCCUCAUGGAGCGGCAGAGGCUCAACCAGCUGCUCCUGCUGCUGUUGCGGGGCCCAGAUAUUACACUGCCCAAACUUUACAAGUUAAUUGAAGAUUCUUGUCCUCAGCUGGCAAACUCAGUACAGAUAAGAAUCAAACUGAUGGCUGAAGGUGAAUUGAAGGAUAUGGAACAAUUUUUUGAUGACCUUUCAGAUUCUUUUUCUGGAACUGAACCAGAGGUUCACAAAACGAGUGUAGUAGGUUUAUUUCUGUGUCACGUGAUCUUGGCCUACAGUAAGCUUUCGUUCAGUCAAGUGUUUAAAUUGUACACUGCCCUUCAGCAGUACUUCCAGAACGGUGAGAAAAAGAUGGUGGAGGAUGCUGAUAUGGAACUGGCCAGCAGAGAGGAGGGUGAAAGGAAAAUGGAAAAAGAAGAGCUUGAUGUAUUUAUAAGAGAAGAGGAGGUAUCUUGCAGUGGGCCUCUGUCCCAAAAACAAGCAGAAUUUUUUCUUUCUCAACAGGCUUCUUUGUUAAAGAAUGAUGAGACUAAAGCCCUCACUCCAGCUUCUUUGCAGAAAGAGUCAAACAACUUGUUGAAAUUUAAUCCUGAUUUUGCUGAAGCGCACUACCUCAGCUACUUAAACAACCUCCGGGUCCAAGAUGUUUUCAGUUCAACACACAGCCUCCUUCAUUAUUUUGACCACCUGAUUCUUACUGGAGCCGAAAGCAAAAGUAACGGGGAAGAAGGCUAUGGCCGGAGCUUGAGAUACGGUGCUCUGAACCUGGCCGCCCUGCACUGCCGCUUUGGUCACUAUCAACAGGCAGAGCUUGCCCUGCAAGAGGCUAUUAGGAUUGCCCAGGAGUCCAAUGAUCACUUGUGUCUGCAGCAUUGCUUGAGCUGGCUUUAUGUGCUGGGACAGAAGAGGUCUGAUAGCUACGUUCUGCUGGAACAUUCCAUGAAGAAAGCUGUACAUUUUGGGUUACCGGGGACACGGGUUCGAUCUCUGAUAUCCCCUGCUGGCCGCAGCUAG